AUGAAAAAGGAACUGAAAUUUCUCAUAAUAGCAAAUGUCGUGCUACUUUUCUCCAUAAUACACUAUACCUUUGAUUUGUUGACGUUGUGUAUAGACGAUGCCUCCAAAGAUGCGUUAUUAGACGAAGAGCUGAACCCAGUCAAGGACCCUAAUUCAAAGUUCAAUGAAACUCACCCACAACUGAUACCGAAAAUUAUACAUCAAACGUAUAAAACAGAGAACAUCCCUGAACAAUGGGUAAAAGGCAGACAGAAGUGCGUUGACUUGCACCCAGACUACACCUAUAUUCUAUGGACGGAUGAAAUGGCUGAAAAUUUCAUCAAAGAGAAAUACUCAUGGUUUCUCGAUACAUUCAAGGGUUACGAAUACCCAAUCGAGAGAGCAGAUGCAAUACGGUAUUUCGUUCUUUCGCAUUACGGUGGUAUCUACAUUGAUCUGGAUGAUGGUUGCGAAAGAAGAUUAGAUUCUUUGUUGACUGUGCCGGCAUUCCUUAGGAAAACCUCUCCCACGGGUGUGUCUAAUGAUGUGAUGGGGUCUGUACCUAGACACCCAUUUUUCUUAAAAGUCAUCAAAUCUUUAAAGCACUACAACAAAAAUUGGUAUGUUCCGUAUAUGACCAUCAUGGGGUCCACAGGCCCCCUUUUUAUUAGUGUCAUUUGGAAGCAAUAUAAAAGAUGGUCGAACACAGCCGGUGACGAUGCAGUAAGAAUCUUACAACCGGCAGAUUACAAGAUGCACACCAACUCGUUUUUCUCCAUAUCUAAAGGUUCUUCGUGGCAUACGGGUGAUGCUAAUUUCAUGAAAGUUCUAGAAAACCACAUUUUAUCCUGUGUGGUUACAGGAUUUAUAUUUGGUUUUUUCAUAUUAUAUGGUGAAUUUACUUUCUAUAGUUGGUUAUGUUCUGGUCCAUUCAAUAACAAACGUUAUAUCAUUCAGUGGUUGAGUGACAAGUUGAAACUGCUGAGGUCGAAAAUAAUAUCGUCCUCAGAUGAAGAUUUAGAAAAGACACCGGCGCCCCUACGCUACGAAUACAAUUCAAAGGGUAAAAGGUUGAGAAAGGAUUCUAAUAUCCCAUACGACAGCAUUUUCAUUGAUAUAGAGAAAAAUCAUCCCGAAUUUACCGACCUGAGCUGA